AUGACCCCGAGGCCUCCAAAAGCCGCGGUCCAGGAAUCAGUGACAUUCAGAGAUGUGGCUGUGAACUUCACCAAGGAAGAGUGGCACCACGUGGACCCUGCUCAAAGGACCUUGUACAGGGAUGUGAUGCUGGAGAACUAUAAUCACCUGGUUUCUCUUGCAGGAUAUCAAGUUUCCAAGCCAGAAGUGAUCUUCAAAUUGGAGCAGGGAGAAGAGCCAUGGAUAUCAGAGGGAGAAAACCAAAGACCUUUCUGUUCAGAUCAAGGAAUCUAUCCUGGGAAAAAACACCAUGAAUGUAGUGACUGUGGGAAAACCUUUCUCUGGAAGACACAGCUUACUGAGCACCAGAGAAUUCACACUGGGGAGAAACCAUUUGAAUGUAAUGUAUGUGGAAAGGCCUUCAGGCAUAGCUCAUCCCUCGGUCAACAUGAGAAUGCUCAUACUGGAGAGAAACCCUACCGGUGUAGUCUCUGUGGAAAAGCCUUCCAGCGCAGCUCCUCCCUUGUUCAACACCAGAGAAUCCACACUGGAGAGAAACCUUAUCGAUGUAAUUUGUGUGGGAGGUCCUUUAGGCAUGGCACAUCUCUCACACAGCAUGAAGUUACCCAUAGUGGAGAGAAACCUUUCCAGUGUAAGGAAUGUGGGAAAGCCUUUAGUCGCUGUUCUUCCCUUGUCCAGCAUGAGAGGACUCACACUGGAGAGAAACCUUUUGAAUGUAGAGAGAAACCCUAUCAUUGCAAUGUUUGUGGGAAAGCUUUCAAAAGGAGUACAAGUUUCAUAGAACAUCACAGAAUCCAUACUGGAGAAAAACCCUAUGAAUGUAACGAGUGUGGAGAAGCCUUUAGUCGACGCUCUUCACUUACUCAGCAUGAGAGAACCCACACAGGAGAGAAACCGUAUGAAUGUAUUGACUGUGGGAAAGCCUUUAGUCAAAGUUCAUCCCUUAUUCAGCAUGAAAGAACUCAUACUGGAGAAAAACCCUAUGAAUGUAAUGAAUGUGGGCGAGCUUUCCGAAAGAAAACCAACCUGCAUGACCAUCAGAGAAUUCAUACUGGUGAAAAGCCCUAUGAAUGUACUGAAUGUGGGAAAAACUUCAGUCGAAGCUCAGCUCUUACUAAACACCAGAGAAUUCAUGCUAGAAAUAAACUCCAAGAAAUUUGA